AGAGUCUCUGCAGCUACAAAUGAGCUCUCUCUUGGGAGUGUUGGGGGGAGGCUUCUUCUUCUUCUUCUUCUCAGCAGGAAGCCUGCACAACUUCACAGCUUCCGAAUCGCUCUUUUCUCACCUAAUGAGCCACUCAGACGGCCAGAGAUAAGACUGGAGACAAAAGGACUGGCUAAUGGGGUGGGGGGUGUCUUGGGGAAGAAGAAGAAGAAGAAGAAGAAGAAGAAGAAGAAGAAGAAGAAGAAGAAGCAGCAACAGCAGAAACAGAGCCCACCUGGACAGCGAGCAACAGAGUUAGGGGCUAAAAAAGGAGAAGCUUUUACGCACGAGGACUUUUACGCACAGCGUGGCGCAGAUGUAAAGGUUGUCUCGUGGUGUGGUUGGUGUUCACGUCCUCCACCCUGCAGACAGUCCGGUGUGUGUGUGUGUGUGUGUGACCCGAGGCCCGGUGCUUCUCCUCCACAGACAGUCGGGUAUAAAAUGGAGCUUGUGCCUUUAAGGCGGCCGACUGCCUGUCGCUUUCUGCUGCGGAGAGACUGACGCCCUCUGGACACAGUGGACACUGUGAGCGGCGGCAGAGAGACAACAGCAUCCUGGAGACGUUCACAGACAAAACCGACUCUCUCACUAUCAGAAAGAACAGUCUCCGACUCGUUAACAACAUUGUGGUGUUUCCAGUGCCGUGCUGGUGAGCCGCCGUCAGGAUGAGGCCUGGUCAGCUGAUCCUCCCCACCGCCACCGCCGCCGCUCUCCUCUUCCUCCUAUCAGGACUGUCUCUGACCUCCGGCUGCAACAAAGCCCUGUGCGCGAGCGACGUCAGCAAGUGUCUCAUCCAGGAGCUGUGCCAGUGCCGUCCGUCCGAUGGGAACUGUUCGUGCUGUAAAGAGUGCAUGCUGUGUCUGGGGAACCUUUGGGAAGAAUGCUGCGACUGCGUGGGGAUGUGUAACCCCAAGAACUACAGUGACACUCCGGCCACAUCGAAGAGCACCGUGGAGGAGCUGCACCGCCCGAUCCCCUCGCUGUUCCGCGCCCUCACGGAGGGCGACGCGCCAAUCAACAUGAUGGUGGUGUCCUUCCCCGUCGCCGAGGAGCUCUCCCAUCACGAGAACCUGGUGUCUUUCCUGGAGUCACUCGACAGCCAGCAGCAGAACGUCUCGGUGCCUGGCAACAGCAUCCAUGCCAGCUACGACACUCAAGAAAACAUGUGCACAGUGGUCUACUUUGACGACUGCGUGUCUAUCCGUCAGUGUAAACUAUACUGCGAGUCAAUGGGAGGAUCCAAGUACCGCUGGUUUCACAACGCCUGCUGCCAGUGCAUCGGACCCGAGUGCGUGGACUACGGCAGCAAGGCUGUGAAGUGCAUGAACUGUCUCUUCUGAAGUGCGGGCACAUAUUGGUACCAAAUGUCUGGGCCAUACCAGAGGACUGAGGGCAGAGGAAACUAUGACUGUUAUGUGUUAGCAUUCCUCAGUUACCUUGUAAAAUACCCCCUACACCCCUCCUCCUACCCCUGCAAAUUGUUUUUAUGCUGUUGUUAUGUUCCACUGUAUAUUUUUAGAUAUGUUUUCAAUAGUGUUUUUUACUAGAGGUGUAUAUGAAUAACGUAUUUUUACAAUUAUGGUCUGCUAAAUCCCAGUCUCACGCCAAAUAAAGAAAAGUUUGGUGACAUGGACUGUUUUGUGUCACAGAAAGAUGUCUGAUCUUAAAAUAUGUUUUCUUCCUUUACUAUAUUUACUAUAUUUUCUUAAAAAACACAUGUAAAAAAAGUGCAUAGCAUGAGUGGAAUAGUAAAUGUUUGUCCUCCCA